AUGUCCGAGUACAACAAAGUCCGGGUAUCCAAGUUGGUAUUGAAAAACGAAAAAGUCAAGAAGAAGAAGAAAAAAAAUAAAUCCAAGAAUAAAGAUGAAAAAAUAAAUGUUGAAGAAAUUCAAGAAAAAAUUAACCACGGAAACUGGGCAGAGGCUAAAUUGGUUAGCGAAAUUUCAGGACCAGUAGCUCUUGAAUUUGGAACUCAAACCUAUGUUACUGCAAUGGACAAUGGGCUGUUUACACUAGGUCCUCCUCAUGACGAAGGUGACGGUCCUUUACCUGAAGAAAUCUUAACAGCUAUAAUUGUCAAUGAAACAAGAAUUGCUUUAAAGUCUGGAUAUGGGAAGUAUUUAGGUGUCGACAAAGAUGGAACUAUAGUCGGAAGAUCUGAUGCCAUUGGACCACUAGAACAAUUUGAACCAAUUUUUCAAGAUAACAAAUUGGCAAUCCUAUCUUCAACUGGAUGUUUUAUAAGUAUACGAGAUGAAGAUGACUCUUUGGUUGCAAAAAAUCGAACUGUUGGUCCAAAUGAAUUAGUUAAAGUUCGACUUCAUGCUAUUGAAAAUACAGAAGAAGCGAUCGAUAAAUUGGACGAAAAGAAAGGAAAUAUUAAGGAUAUAGAAAAAAAUUAUGUAAAAAUGUUCCAAAAAUUUCAAGAUAAGAAGAUGCGUAUGAUCGAAGGAAAAAGAAGUGAAUUAAAAAAAGCUCAACAAGAAGGAAAAUUACACGAAUCAUUAUUAGACAGAAGAGCAAAAACAAAAGCGGACAGAUAUUGUAAAUAG